CUCAUUUUCAGUUUCGCUCAAUCGGCGUGGCGUGUAGACGUUGGUUAGGUUAACUGUAAUCCGUAAUUCACGGUAUCUUUCUUUGUCCAGAAAGAAGUAAGAGCCAGACUCAUCAGUUAAUCUUUAUCAAAUUCAAACGAACACGUAAAAGUAACUGGUGAAUUAAAAAAGUGUUUCUGAAUUCCACGAGUGUUGUUUAGUGAUCCCUGCAGAGUCGUUCGAGCAUGAAUAAUAAAAAAGUAAGCAGUGAUAUUUCCGCGUUUCCCUCGGGAGUCAAGUUCUGGUGAUAGAGUUAAAGUCGAGGCAGUGGUUCGCCUGAUGAGUCUGCGGUGACACCUCGCCGCUGAGCGGUUGGAUGGCGGCAGUUAGCGGUCCCGCGCGGCACUCUCGCGUUUCCAUGAGUGUGUCGAUGUCCCUGAUGCAGGGCAGUACGCAGAGUGCGCCCCAGGGCGCCAUCCUGGCGGCAGCGGCGCCCUACUAUCAAUCGCCGGCUAUUCCGACUGAUGUUCAGCCUGACCGGCCCAUCGGCUAUGGUGCCUUCGGCGUUGUAUGGGCUGUGACGGACCCUCGCGAUGGCCGGCGGGUGGCGCUCAAGAAACUGCCGAACGUAUUCCAGUCGCUUGUCUCCUCAAAACGUGUCUUCCGCGAGCUCAAGAUGCUCUGCUUUUUCAAGCAUGAAAAUGUACUAUCGGCGUUAGACAUCCUACAGCCACCUAGCCUCGACUUCUUCCAGGAAAUAUAUGUGAUCACGGAGCUUCUGCAGAGUGACCUACACAAGAUCAUCGUGUCGCCCCAACAUUUAUCAGCGGACCACAUUAAAGUCUUUCUGUACCAGAUACUGAGAGGUCUCAAAUACCUGCAUUCCGCAAGGAUUCUUCAUCGCGAUAUCAAGCCAGGAAACUUGUUAGUGAACAGCAACUGCGUACUUAAGAUAUGCGAUUUCGGAUUGGCGCGAGUCGAAGAGCCGGACGCAAACAAAAACAUGACGCAGGAGGUCGUGACCCAAUAUUACAGAGCCCCUGAGAUUCUGAUGGGAGCGAACCAUUACACAGCAGCUGUUGACGUCUGGUCGGUCGGCUGUAUAUUCGGCGAGCUACUUGGCAGGCGUAUCUUAUUCCAGGCACAGAGUCCCGUUCAACAGUUGGAGUUGAUAACUGAUCUGCUGGGCACGCCGUCGCUUGAGGAUAUGCGUCACGCGUGUGCAGGAGCCCGCGCACACAUGCUUCGCCGCGCGCCCCGCCCCCCUGCCCUCGCGGCCCUCUACACGCUCUCCGUUCAAGCCACACACGAGGCCGUGCAUCUACUCGCGCAGAUGUUGGUAUUCGAUCCAGCCAAGAGGAUUUCCGUAGUGGACGCACUAGCACAUCCUUACCUCGAAGAAGGGCGACUCCGUUAUCACUCAUGCAUGUGCAAGUGCUGUUACAACGCCCCCCCAGCAGCCAGGCACUAUUCUCCAGACUUGGAGCCGGUGGCGCCGCAUCCCUUCCACGAUGCAUGGGAACGGAAGCUCACCUCCGUGCAUCAGGUCAAAGAGGAGAUACACAAGUUCAUAGCGGAGCAGCUCCAAACGUCUCGCGUUCCGCUCUGCAUCAACCCGCAGUCCGCCGCGUUCAAGAGCUUCGCAAGCUCGACAGUGGCGCAUCCAUCCGAGCUCCCGCCGUCGCCGCACCAGUGGGAAUGACGUGAAGCGAAGCGCGUCUUUGACAAGCGACGCGCUGAAUACACUGACGCGAGAUAGACAGAGCAGACUGACUUUCGAAAAAUAUAUUAUCUGUGCUGAUUGAAAUGGCACCGCUUUCUAUUGCCGAACAGCCACUUCUAACACACCCCUAUAAUCGAAUUAUUAACUGUGAGAUUUCAUUCGCAAUAUUACACAUAUGUUCCAUUUCGAUCAGCAAAGAGGUCUGCUUUGAUUAGCUUGUGUUAAGUAGAGAAAAUGAUAAACUAAAAACUUUUAUACCGCACCAUACCUCAUUACGAUUACAUUUUUAAAAAUACAUGUAUAAAAUGCGAAUAAAUGUUAUAAACAUGGAAAACGUGCCGCGAUUUCAAAGAUAAUUAUCUAAAUGUGAUUCGGUAACAUAAUUUUUUUCAUCAAUGCGUUCAACAUUAUAUUUUUAAUUAGUAGAAAUUGUCUUUGUAGUUCAUAAAACUGUCGUGCGUGGUCUAAAUUCGAGGACGUCGAAUUUGCGGUUGGUAAGACCGAUAGUGAUGUUGCCAACACAAAAAAAAAUACAACGAAAUUGACGUGACAGAUUGGAUGUCAGAAAUUCUAAGCGACUAAAUUAAACAGUCAAAAUGAGUUCAUGAGAUUGGACGUCAAAAAAUAUUAGGCGACUAAAUUUAAAAAUCUUGAUGAAUGAGAAGAGUUGUCUGUCGAAGCAUGCGUGCGGGUCGAGCACUAUUAAUAUACUCUUUGCCAAAUUCAUAGUUCUUACUUGAGUAACAGUAGCUUGAAUUUGUUGCGAUUAAACAAAGAAAAAACUAUGAAUUCUGUGUUCAGAGUAAACAUAAACUGUGACAACUCUGUAGAGAAAUGUUGCAGACUGUUUAUACUCGUAUUAUUCAUUUAAUCUUAAAAUUCCAUGUUUUAAAUUAAAUAAACGUGUAUGUGAUCGUGGUAGGUUUCAAUGUGUGCCUGAUUGUGGUUUUUUUUUGUUUUUGUUUAAGAACGUUUCGAACAAUAAACAUUACAAUAUUAUUAAUGCAUAUUAAUCGACUUGAAUCUAAUCGAUUUCAAUUUAAUCGAUUUCAAUAUUUAGUUUUUUUUUAUGAUUUGUACUGUGUUCUACGUGUUUAUAAUUUGUUUUGUGACGUCGUGCAGACAUCCGUUUUAUAUACACUUCGUCAAACCAAACAAUUUUCGCUGUUAACAGCCAGUGCAUCUAUGGAACAGUUGUCUGCGCGACGACCUCAAAUCCUCGUAUUUAAUAUGUAAUUAAGCCUUAACAACACCAUUGUAUGUAACAUCGACUGAACAUUUUACAUAAUACUUAGCUUAGAAUAUGUAUAGCGUUAGAUUUAUAAAAAACAAAUGACUCAAAAAAUAAAAGAAUGAAAAAAAAAAAACAAAAAUAAAAAAACGUGUAAGCAAGAGGAGUAAUUUCAAAUAUUAUUCAAACAUUAAUGAUGUAGUGAGAUAUUUUAUAGUGAAAUGUUUGUAACGGACACUUGUGUAUUUCAAGCAUUUAAUAUAACUAGAGGAUUCGUGUAAAUGGGACAUGGGAAAUGCUGACGCGCCUCAUUAUUAUUUUUUUCCUCUAUUAAUCUGUUAUUCUAGAGGGUUCUGCCAACGUAACCGGGCGAAAGCGGCUUACUGGAUUCUCGGUGUGUCGCGCUAACUGACUUAUAAGGCGUUAUGUAAAUUUCCAUAUAUCGAAUAAAUUUCCGCUGUAUAAUCGUAGUCUUAACAAGAUGUCUUUAACAAAAUAUAGAUUACGCUAAUACAAUUGUUAUUGCACAACAAAUUCACACCAUUCAAAUUGUGCCCUUCAGAGCGCUCUUACUAAAAUAACAACUCGCAUUGACGAUCGUUUUAACAUUUAUAUUAUAAUAAGAAGUAUAUUUUUUAGGAACUAGUUUUGUAAUUAUCACGCUGCUAACACAUACAUAUGUAUUAUUAUAGUGUGACUUUGCAGAAGUGGCCACAGGAGCCGUAGCCUUAAACCUAGUUCAAAACUAUAAAGAUGAAAUAAUGAAAUGAAAAUGUAAAUAAACAAGUAACAUAGUAUUAAUGUUAGUUAUGUACUAGAAUGGAAUGGGAUGUUAGAAGCCGAUAGUAGCCGGUCCACAAAAAUGGCUUUAUAUUUUGUACCGUUGAUUGGCACUUGGGCGCCAUCUUGUCGUACCUUAUUCCUCAAAAUGGCGGAGUCUCAUGCGACGCGAUGGUGUAAAAAAAGCGAUGUCAGUAAAUCUAAAUCGGAUCCGGCUAUUUUGUUUAGAAUAUUUUUUUUUAAUCACCAAAAUAAUCGUAAGGUUACUGUUAUAAAGUUUUGAUACAUGCAGGCGUAGUCUUUUUUUACAGUUCCUAUAUAUAUAUACUCUGAUGAAUUUAUAUAUGUAGUAAAAAGCUAGUUAAACAUGAUAUGCCGGGUACCGACAGACCCCACCUUGCCUUAACUCAGAAAGUUAUCACUGUGAUCCACACAAUAGCACCCGGGCAUUUAGUCUGUAUAUAAUGAUCAGGUCUUGCGUAAAUUAGUGUCGAGUUUAGAUCGUUUUUAGGGGUUAGUUCGAACGAAAUCGCGCUUCAUUCUCCCAAACGAGCGAAGUAGUUAGAGCUAGACAAAAUACGUUUCCUUUGUAAAUAAAUGCGCGGUGUAUAUUCUGUAAAUGAACUAUAGUUACAAUAACAACUUUGAGCGAACGUAAAUCUGUUCAUAUAACUCUCGUUUGAUUGUUUCAAGAAUAAAAAAAUAUAUUUUGCUUUUACGUUUCCCGACUUCCAGAGAUCUCGUAUUAUCUAGUUUAAGUUAGCCAGCUGUUCGUCCGAAACGCGCGUGUUUAGUGAGUAUUGUGAUUUAGGCUAUGCCGUGUUAGUUAGGUACACGCGAUUGCGGAGUACGCGAGGCCCAUUCUCGCAACCGUAACGAUAAUCUCAACAAGAAAUGAAAAACAAUUUUUUUUUUUUUCGAUGACGUACGUACGUAUUGUUUGUGCAUUUAAUUCUGAUUAAAAUAAAGGUCGACCACGUUGCUCCGGACCACUGAUGUCGUGCGUGAUUUUGUUUAAUUGUUAGACGAACUUUAAACAGUUUUUUUUUUUUUUUUUUAUCAGAUAUCAGUUUCAAAUUUUGAGAAGAGAUAUUAUAAUCUUACGUUAAUUGGAAAUUUACUAUUACGGAGUUCGGUAAAUUAAAUAUAAAAUUGAUUCACAUUAUUUUUGCAUUAUAAUAUACCUAGUACAAUAUAGCUUAAUACAAUAUCUUUGGAGCAAAAAAUAAAAAGAAAAUAUUUUUGUUCGGCCAAUUUAACCUUUUUAGUGUCGAGCUUAUUUUCACAUAUUUUGCGGAAAUUGAUAAGAGGGUUAUUGAAAAAAAUAUCGUAUAAAGAAUUUUAACUUAAAAAAUAAUACAAAAAUCAUCGUAAAGUAAUUUUAAAUUGUUAUUGAUAUAUGAAAUGUUGUUAACUUAUUAAAAGUUAUACAUGCGCGUUAAGACCUAUCUGUACAGGUCAAAUACCUGAUAUUUAUAAUCAAACUGCGCAAAUAGCCGGCAUUCCGACGCUCCGCAUUUUAUUGCAUUGAGAGUCGAUCUAUAGAAGGUUCACACUGAAAGGGUUAAAUAAACGUUCAGUAUAAGGCUGGUUGCACAUUACGGUGUCGAUAGUAGCUCCAAAGGUCUCCGAGAAUGGAUUCCGAAAUCUCCGUACAUUGUAUAUCACUCGCUGGCCAGUCGAUACCGGUCCCUGUAUUCCGAAUUCUCAUGGCUUUGGCACCAAAUAUUCUUUGGCCGUAGAAAAUGUAAGCUUACGCGCAUAUUCAGAUAGCGCUACACAAUGUGUUCGCGCGAUCUCGUUGUAAAUAUUAGCAAAUAAAACGUUGUAGCUCCAAAUCAACGUUUUUCUUAAUUUCACUUUAAUUUUUUUUACAAUGUAUGCAUCAAUCUUUAGUAGUAUUAUGAUUUAUGAUUACUAUUAUAUUAAGAAAACGAAAAAAAAAAGCGUUUAUCCUCCUUAUAAUAAUUUUUUUCUAGCAUAAUUAAAGUAAUUGUAUAUAAACUUAGACAUUUUGUGCAUUAGUAGUCGUUCGUUGUGUUACGUUAUAAGGUUUAGUUAAUUUACUGUAUUGAUUUGAAUAGUGCCCGAUGUGUUUGAUAAGACUUAGAUCGCUUCGCACCGUCGAAUGAUUUCAUUUCCUGUAUAUAAAAUGUAUAACGGCUCGUGUAGUGAUGUGAUUUGAAAAGCGUCAGAAGGAAAAAUAAAAUUGUAAAUAUAAAACGUAACAUUAAUAUUUGGGUGUAUUCGAUUAGUGUAUUUCACUGUUGUUGCGAAACGCCAAAACUAUUGUAAUCUAGUGUUGCGUCUGCACUGCCUAGAGAAUAUUCACUGAAGGAAUGUUAAUUGAAAUUAUAUUUAAAACAUGUUUAAUGAAAACAUAACUAAAUACAUUUGAAGUCCGGUAUUGGGGGUAGUUGUCAAUAAUCAAAACGUGACGUAAACAAUGUUCUAUGCGAGUCGACUAUUAUCAAAGCCGGCAAUGUGACUUUUGGACAAUUAUUGGUAAAUCAGAAAAACGAAUUAUUGACUUUGUAUUCCAUUGGCAGUCACAAAACUCUUCUGAUCGACAUCUUAGAUAAAUAACAGGUUAAGUAUUAACCUUUAUUUAAUGCAGGUUUUGAACCGUAUUCUUUGAAGGAGACGAUUAUAUUCAAAUCAAUCUGUAUUGACAUAUCAAUAACAUUUUUUUGUCCAAAUGCACAGAUUGCCACCUUUGAUAAUAGACGACUCAUGUCACUAUCGUUACGGCACGGGCGUGCGAGGGAGAUGGCAUGACGUAUCGCCGCGCUUCGUUGUAUCUGUAUCGAAAUAAUAUUCGCUUAAACGUUAUUUUAAUGGGUUUCAUUGUUACCUUCAAAAUGUUGUACAAGAAACUUCCGUAUUGUUUGGGCAGUGCACCGCGCGACCGACGGGCACCAGCGUAGGACUUUCGACGCUGAUUAUGUAACAAUAAAGUACUGCGUAAUUAAAA